GAAUAUCUAACUAUUAACCCUUUGUUCAUAAAGUAUAUACUCUUUUUAUGUCAAUAUAUUUAUUAUAACAAUUUAUUAACAUUAUUGUUAAGUGUAAACCAUGUUAAUGUAUUCAUUAAUAUAUAAGUUAACCUAUUAACAUAUCAUUAUAUCAAUAUGUGUUGUAAAAAAACAUUUAAUUUUUUGUUCGAAUAUCAUUACUAUUUACUAACAAGAAUACAAGACUCUAUUAUUAAGGCUGUUAAAAGCUGUCCGUUUUUUCAUGCAUUUAGACCAAUAAGCGGAAAAAAUAUACUUCUAGUUGUCCAAUUUUAAUUUUAAAAAAAUUUUAGAAUUUCUUCACUUUUUGUCUGUUUUGUAGGAAGUGAUUUGUUUUUGUGUAAUAGAUACUAAAGUAAAAGUGAAUUUUGAAACAGUCCAUAUUUUAAUAUAUUAUAUGAUAGUAUAGCCAGUAUAGGUCGUUCCCUUACACUGCCAUUUUAAUUCCUUAACGUGAUAAAAUGAUUUAGUGGGGGUACUAUUGAAAUAGUAUAUUUAAGCCAUGCACAUAACAUAGAAUAUAAUACAAGCCAAAAACAUUUCAGGGAGGGAGACACGUACCACCAGUCCCCCAGACCACUUGGCUACGUAACUAGUUUUUGUGAUAGAAUUUGAAAUUUAAAUAUAAAAUUGUAUAAUUUUUUAAGAGCACGUCGAACUCACAUAAUAUGUUGUCUCCGUCAUACACACAAACUACACAGCAAAUUUUCGUUUACUCAUUUCAAUAGACUAUUAGUUCCAAAAACUAGUGUAAUGAUAUGCUCACACACCAUUAUAAUAAACUAAAAUUUUACAGAUUAAUAAACAACAGCCAGACUGUCGCUUGUAGAAAUCGGUCGCAUCAAAUAAAACCAUUGAUAACGACAACUAAGAUAUUGACACGCACUCAUAACAAUAUUACGUAGGAUGUGUGUGACUUUAUUUUAUGCUGACGCCAAAGAAUAAUCUAGUUCCCAGGCCCACGAUAAUUUAGUGAAAAAGCCACCCACCACUCUCUGGUCAGCAUCCUCGCGUCCCUUAAAUCAGUGCAUGAGCACCAGCCAUCAAGUAACAACCUCUCAAGUAUCAAACCGAUUUCAACGAGCGACAACUGGACUUCUUAUGCAAGCAAUAAUCAGUGCGUUCGUUAAUUCAAUUUGUGUAUUUGAAGUAGUACUUUAUUUUAUCUAAAACCUAAAACUCUUACAAUAUUGUCUACGAAUAACUGCGAAUCAGGUAAGGCAUAUGAUAUAAUAUUUUAUGUUGAUUGCAGUCAAUACGUUCUAUAUGCUUUUUUCCAUAAAAUUAUAUUAUACGGUGUAUUUGAUAUAAUUCUCGAAUAUACGAUCUCGAGAGCCCUCUGAACAUCUGGAGGAAGGUAAUAGCGUAAUUUUUACAAUUCUAACUUUUACUAUUUUAAUAUAACUAUCGGCAGGAGCCGUAUAUUUAUACUUAGAUUUUAUUUUAUCUAAUUUUACGUUAUUACACUAGUAUGGAAUGACUUAAAUAAGUAUAUCCCUACCGAAGGACAAUAUUAUAUUAUAAAAGUGAAGGUUUUAAAAUUAUUGAGUUUUUUGGUCAUUUAGAUAGCAUAUAAUAUAUUAUGGUGCCUACCGCACUUAUCCUAAACUGCACAUGCACGGUCGUGAGUUUUGAUAACGUAAAUGAAAAAACAACCCAACUCGAAAAUUAUAAUAACAUUACCUAUACACUAGUCUCAACAAUCAUAACAGUUAUGAACUUAUAUUAAGUUCAAUGUAAUUUGAAAUAAAGACCAAAACAACUGUAGUUUUGAUUUAAAUUAAAUUGUAAAUUGUAAUAAACAGUUGUAUUGUUUACUAAUAUUGUAAUUUUAUUUUAUUACAACGUGAUAACUUUUGUAUGAUAGUAAAUUAUGUAAACAUACCUAUUAUACAACAAUUCAAACUGAUACAUAGCUAAAUAGGACUAAUGAAAUCUAAACGUAUAAAGCUAAUAUCAGACAUCGUCAUUGCGUUUUUUAUUGGAGUUCAACAAUGGAAAUAGUUACAGUUUUGUUAGUCUUACUUGUCAGCUUAUCGUGCGACUGUGAAAAUUUACAAAAUGAAAGUGACGAACCUAGCGCAUAUACUUACGGCAUGCCAAGAAAACGUGGCAGAAAUUACGUAGUAAAAACCAACAAUAUCCAAGGUGAGGAGACGCGAUAUUUCACAAUGAGCGAUGAUGAGACAGUGUUAGAUCCAUAUCCUUCUAAGAUACCGUCUUUAAUGGAUCCUUCAAAGUCCAUUGGAUUUCUACACCCACAGGAAAUCAGUCUCGCAGAUCAAUGUUUUCCUAGGCCACAGUGUGAUUUUUUUUACAUGUACAGAACCAUAGACGGUAGUUGUAAUAAUUUACUAUACCCAACUUGGGGACAAACUAACACGGCAAACACACGAAUUAUUCAAGCUAAUUAUUCGGAUGGUUACUCUGAACUAAGAAAAUCGGUAUCUGGUCACGAAUUGCCGGAAGUCCGAAAAAUACGUAAAACCAUAUUCAAAGACAUUGACAAAUUUUCACCAAAACAUAAUUUAUUUGUCAUGCAAUAUGCUCAAAUCAUUUCACAUGAUACAACAAACACACUAUUAAAAGAAACAGGGCCUUAUGGUCCAGUGAAGUGUUGCAAUGAAGAUGGUUCAACGCCCGAAAUUCUACCAAAAGAAUGUCUUCAGAUUAGAAUCCCACACGACGAACCAGAAUCAAAGUACCGAUGCUUAUCCAUACCCAGAUCACUUGACACAUCGGAUAAGGGUUGUGACAUUAAACCGGUCAGACAAAUUUUUGGAGCCUCCAGUUUUAUUGACGCUUCAGUAUUAUAUGGCACAGACUAUGAAACAUCUCGUUCUAUAAGAACAUUUAAAUAUGGAAAGCUCAGACGGCAGUUGGGACCUAAUGGAAAACUGUUCUUACCCAAUGUUAAAAAAGCAACAGAAUUUUGCAACGUCACUCAAGAUAACACAGUGUGCUACCUUUCAGGUGACCCAAGAACUAACAUAACGCCAGACACGGUAGUUGCUACAACUUCUUUAAUGAGACUACAUAACUAUUUAUGCGAUGAGCUUAGUUGCUUGAACCCCAAUUGGGACGAUGAGCGAAUAUACCAAGAAGCCAGGAGAAUUCUCAUCGCAAUGCACCAACACAUUACAUACAAUGAACUCGUUCCAAUUAUUUUAGGAAGAGAUUUUGCCAAGGAAAAUUAUUUACUACCGAUGACUAAUGGAUUUGACGAUAGUUACGAUCAAUAUUUGAAUCCGACUACAACAACCAGUUUUACAGGCGCCGCAUACAGAUCAAUGCAUAGCUCCAUACGUGGCUUUAUUGAACUGGUAAGUGAAGCCCGAAAAAUAACAUCUAGAAUACGGAUAAGUGAUUUCUUUUUUAAACCGGACAUAGUACAAAGACAAGAUAAUUAUGAUAGCUUCACCAGAGGAUUACUUACACAACAUGCACAAGAAGUAGAUCAAUAUUUUACAGAAGAGAUAAGUGAGUCCGCAAUCAGAAUUCCGAAAAGACAUCGAAGAGUCGACUUGGUCAGCAUUGACAUGGCACGUGGUAGAGAUUACGGAGAACCGUCUUAUAAUAAAUUUAGGAAACUCUGUGGUUUGAGCGAGGCCAAGACCUUUGACAGCUUGAUAGAUCAAAUGGAUAAAAAACAUGUUGAGGCAUUAUCAAAAAUAUACGAACACGUGGACGAUAUUGACUAUUUCGUAGCUGGUAUGUUGGAAAAACCUAAGCCCGGAUCUCUCUUAGGACAUACGUUCCAAUGUGAUGUCGGAGAGAUGUUUUUCAGAUACAAGUAUGGCGAUAGAUACUAUUACGAAUUCGGGAAUCAGAUUGGUUCUUUUAAACUAGAACAACUCAAUGAAAUAAGAAAAACGUCAUUAGCACUCAUUGUGUGCUCAACAUCGGAUAUUUAUUCUGUACAACGCAAUAUGUUUGAAAUACCUAGUAGUCGGAAUCCAUUGGUAACCUGCAACUCUUUACCAAAACUCGAUUUGUCUGCCUGGAAAGAAGAUUAAAAUAUAAUAUUCCAAUAUCUGGAUUACAUGCAUAUAUAAUUUGAUAUAUAGUUUUUAAAUAUUUUAGGCUUUUCGAGUCAAAACAUUUUCUACUUUGUAACUUUUAAAUGGAAAAUGUAUAUAAUUUAUUUAGUGUAUUGUCUAAAUAAAUUUAAAACAAGAUUCUUUUGGU